AUGGAAUGUCAUGAUUUUUAUGAGGACUGCUCCUCCAAACAAGAAACGAUAGCAGUUUCUGCAGUUGUUUUGCAGGAUCAUAUCUACAGUCAUCGGCUCCAGGAUCUUUCAUUAGCAGAUCCCUUUAUGUCAAGGACAAGGAAUAUCAAGACGCUUUUUUCAAGAAAAAGGAGCACUCAUUACAAAAACAAAGAAAAUGCAGAAAAGGAAUAAGUUCUUGAUCCCAAUCCUCCACAGCUAACGUUGGCCCAAAAAUUAGGCCUAGCUGAGCCUCCUCCCUUGCUACUAACUGCUGAAGAACAGAUAAAAAUAAAGCAGACAUCCAUGCAACACGGAAACUCCAUACAGCUUUGUGCAAUAUGCAGGGAAGAAAUUGCAUUUCAGCCUUGGGUGCUGCUUUCAUGUUCCCAUGUAUUUCAUAAAGCAUGCCUGAAAGCCUUUGAAAAAUUCACAGGUAAAAAGUCUCAUUCUGUGUGUAGAAAAGAGCAGUAACAGACCAGAGUAAGACAGGAUGGGGCAUGCUUGUUUAAAACAAAGUGUGCUAUUAAAAUUAAGGCCUCCUGGAGGAAAUAUAUUCCUAGAAAAUAGUAGAAAAAAUUGAGAAAAACAGUACUUCCUAAAGAUACCAAAUUAAGAAAUCAACUAUUUCAGAAAAAGGUAAGUUAUAUUUCCUUCUUUGGUCUGUUUCUUUGGUCUGAUUCAGCUCCCUUAACUUGAGAUUCUUGAAUAUCAGCUCUUUACCUCUUCCUUUUUUCCUUGUACACAUCAACCACGCAGCACUGGAGGCACUCAGUUAUUUUUUUAAUCUGUUCAUUCCAUCCUCCUUAUACCGUAGAAGUAAGGAAAAUAAAUCAAAUAUUUCAGUUUAAGACUUGCCUUUUGCCUGGCCCAGCAAUAGUGGAACUUUCUGUGAGGCUCUGUAUUUCCCUGCACUUUUCAGUAAACCACAGUAAUAUGUUUUCCUGUAGAAUUGAAGGCAGGACAUAUAGUAAAGGGAGAAACAAAUAAAUCCAUAAACAAUCCUAACUCCUUUUCACUGUCAUUGUUCCUCACUGGACACUGAACUGGAGAGUUCCAUUCCAUAGCUUUGCCUUUCUCUAACUUCUGCUGAGAUGGAAGUCAGACUGCAAUAAAUCAGAGCCUUGAUUCCAUACAAAUGAGACCAAAUCAACUGUAGCAUCUUGCAAUGACCUCGCUUGCCUUUAAGCACACAGCUGAUGCAGAGUCCCUGUGCCGUCCUCAAGUUCUCCUUUGCCAACUUCGUCUUCCCCAAGUUUAGUAAUGGCCAGCCUGGCUCAGCUUUUCAGUAACAAAACCCACCAGUGAGAGAGGCCAUGGUCAAACCCAGAUUACCAGCCAGCCUGGUUAGCGAAGAUUAGCGAAGCCACACGAGACGGCUGGUUAAACGUAGGCAGUGCGUGCAACUAGGAAAAUACUCUCACCCAAAUUGCAACCUAAAUCCAUGGCAGGUUUAAAUCAAUACUUAAAUUGGUUGUUUGGGCGAUUUUAAACCAUGGCUUUAGUUAAAUAGAAGAGUGCUUGCAGAAAAAGCCUUGUUAAAAUCAUCAUUUCUCAUGCUUAUUUGGUUGUAUCCUGUUAGAGGAGAGCUUUGUAGGCAAUGACCCUCUCUUGGUGGGGUACGCCUUCAUGUAUAUUAGUGAAGUUGGUACUCUAGAGGUGAUCUUGCAGCCUGUUGCAACAAAACUGACACCGCUGUUCUGCUCUGUGGUGAGAGCAACAAGGGAGAGAGAGAAAACGUUGUUCUCAGCCUUACCGCUGAGACAGACACCUGGUUGCUGUUGCUCUCUUUUGUACUCAAUGUAAAGUUCUUCACUGUAACAGAGAAAACAAAUGUGGAGGUAACUGAAGAAAGUAAUUUUACCCUUGAAAGUGCUCAAACAUUUGGAAGUUUGGAAGAAGUAAAUCCUUCGGUGGAUGAUGACUGUCCUUAAGUAGCACGAUGAGAACCAACAGCAGAAUACUUAGAUGUUUCUUCAUGGGAAACUGGGCAAGUGGUCACGUGCCUCUUUCCCACUACGACUGCCCGUUUUCUAUGGGCUCAGGAUACCAUGCACAGCUAUAAAAAAGGUCUCCGUAAAGAGAAGCUGAAGAAGGCAAGUUGCAGCUAUCAUUUAUUAUGAUUACUCUCACCAAACUUCUGUUGGUCACAGUAGUCGUCUACCAAGCUCCCCACAACGGGCUGGCUUUUAGGGCCCCUACCUUAAUAAGUACUACCUUAAGUACUCAUUUGGGUGAGAAACAGCCUGGUAGGCUGCGAACACUUCACCACAUGAUUGUAAACCAUGGGAAGGUCUUAAAUUAACAUAGUGUCUA